AUGUGGUCUCUCGCCUCCGUUGUCACCCUCCUCCUCCAAGGGUUGCAUGUAGCAGCCCAGACAACCAUCACAUCAACCGGCAAUCCCAUCAUCGCCGAUGGCUCCUACUACUCAGCCGACCCAGCCCCGUUGGUGGUGAACAACACCGUCUACAUCCUCAGCGGUCGUGAUCAGGCCCCAGCGAACCAAAACACGUUCGUGAUCAACGAGUGGCAGAUGCUCAGCAGCAGCAACCCAAACCCCGCUGGCGCCCAGUGGCAGUUCCGUUCCAACAUCGCCCGGCCCGAGUCUAUUUUCUCAUGGGCUGCCGCCGGAACGGCCUAUGCGGCACAGGUCGUGCAAGGGCCAAACGGGAGGUUCUAUCUCUACGCACCCGUCACCCAACGAUCGACUUCCAGCGCUGACCGCUUCGCCAUCGGCGUGGCCGUCUCGAGCAACCCAUGGGGCCCCUUCACAGAUGCGCACCCCAGCGGCCCGAUUGUGUCGCAGACAAUCCCACAGGCGAACAACAUCCAGAACAUCGACCCCACGGUCCUGCUCGAUGAUACGGGCCGCGUGUAUCUCUACUGGGGCACGUUCGGCGCACUUCGCGGCAUCGAGCUUGCAACUGAUAUGGUGACCACCAUCGGCUCAGCCGUGUCCGUCAACAGCCUCACAGGCUUCUUCGAGGCUCCUUGGCUCCUUAAACGACGUGGGACCUAUUACAUGCUAUACGCCGCAAACAACGCCGGCACCAACUCGCCGUGUACGCCCACAUCCUACCACGCCUGCAUCGCCUACGGCACUGCAUCCUCCCCUUUGGGCCCCUGGACGUUCCGCGGCGUGAUGCUCGACAUCGUCUCCUCAACCACAUCCCACCCCGGCGCCUUCGAGCUGAACGGGCAGUGGUACCUUGUCUACCACACCAGAGACGCCUCCGGCGGCGGCCACUUCCGCCGCAGCGUCGCGCUCGACUACAUGACCUGGAACGACAACGCCUCCCCGCCGGCAAUCAACAAAGUCGUGCAAACCCGCCGCGUCCAGCCCGCUGCUCCCGCAACGCGCAACAUCGCCACCCGCGCCGUCGCGAGCUCGGUGAACCAGACCCCGAUCCAGUACUGGACAAAGUCUCUCAACGACGGCUGGAUCCCGAGCAACCCGCUGCCGCCCGACUAUUGGAGCUCGUACAACGGCAACGCCUCGCCGCAGACGAAUACGCUCGUAUUGACGUGGAGCUCCGCUGUGACGUUGAACGGGGCGAGGAUGGUGUUUUUCGCGGAUCAGCCUGCCGGUUCGAAUAUCGGCGUGCCGCCCCCGGCGAGCUGGCGGUUGGAGUAUUUGAAUGGGAGCGGUGCUUGGGUUGCUGUUAGCGCGAGCACGGUCUAUCCGACGGCGGUUACGGAUAAUCCGUCGAUUGUUAGCUUCACGCAGAUUAGCACGACAGCUCUUCGUGCGGUAUUGACUGCGUCAGGGGGUAAUGGGCAGUUUGGCGGCGUUGGUGUGAAGGAGUUUGAGGCUCUUGCUCCGAAUCCUUAG